AUGACCUCUAGCGUAGAAUGUAUUUAUUUAACCCUUCGUUGUCUGUUUCCUUUACAGAGGGACAUGCUGGAUGUCAGCCAAAUCAUGCGCGAUCUGGCCAGUAUGGUGCACGAGCAGGGAGAUGCCAUAGGUGAGACAUCACGAGUGUGUGUGUGUUUGUGUGUACGCGUGUGUGUAUUUAUGAUUGCCUGUGCUCCUGUGUGCAGUCAUCCAUAUCUACAUAUUACUCUGUCUGUCUUUUCAUCUCUGUGUCUUUGUAAUCCCUUUGAUAUGUUGACCAACUUUCCAGCAUCUCUUUCAUCAUGAGUUAGCAGACUUAAUUAAUCACCUUAGGACUCCCAUCGAUCAAACCAUCUUUUGAACCUUAACAUGUAAUACAUGUUUGCUUGAGAGACAGGUGGGUUACAAUAACAACAAUGGUAGAGGACAGGACAGCAUGUCCCACUCUUCUAUUAUUGAUAAACAAGUCCUGCAACCCAGCGCUGAUCUAGACUUGGCAGAGAGAGGGAGAGUGUGGUUCAAUGCACAGACAGACAGAGAGAUACAGGACAGACAGAACAACAACACCACCAUCACCCUGCAGAGAGAUGAACUAGAGACAGGGGGAUGAUAUGGAACACUAGUCAGGGAAAGAGAAAAACAGGAGAAAGGAGGACAGGAGAGGGGAGAUGUACAGAUACUGCAGCGACUGGUUGGAAGAGAGAGAAAGAUGAACAAGGGACACAUAAACGGAGCAGCAUGACUGAUCAUACUUGUUCAUAUCAGUGUGUGUGCCAAACCAAAUUCUGCUGUACAUGUGUCUAUGGUGUGUGUGUGUGUACCUGUGUGUGUGGCAUGUGUGUGUGUGUGAGGUUGAGGUCUCAUAAAUGAAGUGAAAGGAUUCUACUUCUAUUCUGAUUGGUUCGUUGUGUGGUAGAGUGGCCCUGUGUCUGGCUGCUUUAAUCAAUCCAGAGUAUGAUCACCUUUUCUUUUAUCUAUUUUCACAUUUUCGUACUUUUUAACUGUAUUGUUGGGAAAGGGCUCGUAAGUAAGCAUUUCACGGUAAAGUCUACACUUGAUGUAUUCAGCGCAUGUGACAAAUACAAUUUGAUUUGAUUUGAAUUAUACUUUAGACUCAUGCCCAGUUUCCAACUCUCACAGACUCAAUGCUACAAGAGAACAGGCAACAGGCAAUGAGAGAAACAAAGAGGAACUGGAGAGCAAUGCACAAUCUAUCCCGGAUUCUAUCCAUAAUUAGGGCACUUAACAUUUAGAGGGGUGAAUAAUGUUCAGCCUUAUGGAAGAGAAUAUUUAAACAAAUGGCCCUUUUGUUUCCUAGAGAAGUUCUGGAUGGCGCUGACUCCGUGAGUUAGGACAUAAAUAAGACUUGUUUGUUGUUUGGCCUUUAGAGAUAGGGUUUUCUGAGGUGAACACGCAGGAGGAAAUCUCUCCUUUCAACUUCAGUGUCCCUCCUCGUUUCUCUCACAUGCGGUGCACAGGGAAAAUAAGAGGAAAUAAAUAGUGCAGAGUUCUAAGAAGUUAAAUGUCAAUUGUUGAUGAAAUUGGGUACACUAGUAAAAUGCCAUUAGAAUCUCAUUAGAUUUAUGUCUCUUCAAUUUCUGUAGGCUUCCUUGUGAGGAUAUAGGGAGGAAAUAUAUUUGAGUAUGGGCUCCCGAGUGGCGCAGCGGUCUAAGGCACUGCAUCUCAGUGCUUGAGGCGUCACUACAGACCCCCUGGUUUGAUUCCAGGCUGUAUCACAACCGGCCGUGAUUGGGAGUCCCAUAGGGCGGCGCACAAUUGGCCCAGCGUCGUCCGGGUUUGGCCGGUGUAGGCCGUCAUUGUAAAUAAGAAUUUGUUCUUAACUGACUUGCCUAGUUAAAUAAAGGUGAAAUAAAAAAAUUUAAUAAAUUAUUAUGAGGGAUACAUUAUGGAUACAUUGAGACUGUGAAUACAUUGAGACUGUGGAUACAUUGAGACUGUGGAUACAUUAAGACUGUUGAUACAUUGAGACUUGAUACAUUGAGACUGUGGAUACAUUGAGACUGUUGAUACAUUGAGACUGUGGAUACAUUAAGACUGUUGAUACAUUGAAUCUGUGGAUAUAUUAAGACUGUUGAUACAUUGAGACUGUGGAUACAUUGAGCGUUGUAGAGGGAAGUGGAAAAUUGGUGUGGUGGGAAAGUGCUAAAGUGUGUAUGGAUGAACAUGAUGGCUUUAAGAGAUGGUGGAGGUGGUAACUGUGAGAGGGUGUUCAGCUCACCAGUGUACAGAGUGAAGGUGCUAUGUCCAAGUACCUGAGAGCUGUACUACUCUACUGCUGUAGUCUUUUUCACAUCCAUUAUGGACCACAGACAUAAUGUGUCUCUCUCCCAUCCAACCUUGAAAUAUAAUCAGGUAAAUUGUCUUUUUGCUUUUCUAUAGCUGCGGUGCACAUGGUGAGAUAUUUUUUUUAACGUGUGUAAUAAAAACUGGGUCUGAAUAAGCUGAUGGGGCUUUAGGGGAGCAGGGGGGCUGGGGUGUAUGGAGGUGUCCAGAGGAGCAGCGGGGGAGCAGUAGAGGGGCAAAUUGAGAAAUCAACAAACCCAGGAAGUUUGGAUUAGUGCUUUUUAGAGGGCGUGGAGAUGACAGUAGCUUCUCUGUGACAAAGCCUCUGCUUCCGUGUGGUGACACACUCGACAAAGCCACAGGUCACGCUGUGCCAGGACUGAUACAAUCAACAACAACAAAAGAGACAGAGAGACAGAGAGAGAGACAGAGAGAGAGAGGCUAGACGAGUGAACUAUCUAUUUUCCUGUCUAAGUAUUGUGUGUUAGUUUCAUUGUGGUUAUAGUACAGCAUGUUUCCAGUCUUGUGGUUUAAUAGGUUAUUAUGUGUUGAUUUAGUGACAUUUACUUGCAUGUCCUUAUAAUACCCAAAUACAUUGAGAAUGUAGUGUUGUAUAAAAUUAAUUGUAGCCAUGUUUGACAGCUUAUGCUUUUCCCUGUUGAUGAGAUGUUUUUCUCCCUAGAAAUAUCUUGCAUAUCAAAGACAGAAUUAGUGGAGCAUGGUGUGAGGGAAGUAAAGGCUUGUGGGGUGUGUGUGUGUGUGUGUGUGUGUGUGUGUUUUCUUGGCAUAUUAUUGUCUCCGAGGUGGCUCAAUUGGCUCCUUGUAUUAGCAUACUAUCUGGGUUAUGAUUCUUUGCGCAAUUAAUCAAGCCAUGUCCUACAGAUAUAGGAUAUUAAUUUGAGCCAGUUUGCUACAGCAGGAAAAUAAUCCUAUAGCAAGAGGAAAUGUGAAUUAUUAUGGCAAUUAUAAUUAUUUGAUUUAUUUUUAUUUUUAUGGGAAAUCUCAAAGUGGAAAUUACAAACUUUAAAACUCCAAUAUAUUACUCCUGCAACAGGGUGAUCAGAUUAAGACUCACCAUCUGUAUCUGUGUGUCCAAUAUUCACAUAUUGAUUGAUAGAGACAUGUGAAAUGCAUCUAUAUUUCAUUUCCUCCAAACUCAUUUGAUGUGAUUGACAUGCAAAGAGAUGUACACAAGCUAUAAUGGCCAUGGUGACUCUCUCUCUCUCUCUCCUCUCUCCUCUCCUCUCUCUCGCCUCCUCUCUCUUCUCAUCUCUCCAAUCUCACUCUCCUCCACUCUCUCCCUCACUCUCACUCUCUCACUCUCACAUACACAAACACAAACACACUCAUAUCUAUUCACAGUCAGCCAUACAGAACCCAAUAAUAUCUUGCACUGCCAACAUGUUACAAGCUUCACGUCAGCGGUCAUGGUUGUCCGGUCUGCUGCUCUCUCGAUUCCAUCCCCUGCUAUUGGACAUUUUGGAUCUAUUCUUUUCACUCCCCCUCAGAUGUGUCUCAGUCACACCAUCCUGCUGACCAAGCACAAUACUCAUAAACAGAAAAACACACAGUGACCUGAGAGAGAGAGCGAGAGAGAGAACUGAAUUUGGGUCCUGCAUGCUUGAGGUUCGGCACUGCAUUGAUGGGCGGUGAACCAAACAUUUGUUUUUAAUUGGGAAAAUAAUUGGAUUUAGGUUUGAAUUAGUUCUCUCUGGCUACAAUAACUAUAGUUACUAUGGUGUGCAUUGGAAUAAGACAAGUCAUUUGGAUUAUUGAAAGACUAAUAAUUGGUUGACUUCUGUAAUGUUUAGAAAAUGAAAUGUAUGACGGUGUAUGACGGAGUGUGACUUUUGAAAGCUCCGUUCUCAGUUUAUUCUCAAGCCGUCACUAUGGUGACAGCCAAUGAAGAAGUAAUUAAACAUAGAAAUUAAAUUAGAAUGUUGUGCAUCAUCAAAAGAGUCACUCAAAGAAAACUCGAUAUAUUGCAUCAUCGAUCAAACGUGACGCUAUUUACAGUGCGGUGACGGAGAUUGUGUGUGCAUCCUUUUUCAGUUUAUUAAUGAUCUUGUGUGAGUGAUUAUGUAAAUGGGAGAAAUACAACUAAGUUGGUCUAUCUAUAAACACAGUUGUGCGUUGUUCUAAGAUUUUGAAGGUUCAGGACCAUGGAGAGUGCACUCAUACGAGCAGCUCAAUCGGAGCGAUGAGAUAUUAUGAGGGCUUAUUGAUUGUUCCACAUUGCUCACAUAACACUACAACACAACUACUGUAUGCUCUGGUGUAGGGGUGUGAACGUUUAAACGAAAUUGUGAUCCUUAACGUUAAGAAAUAUCCCUAACCGUAGAUGCAGAAAGUAAACAGCAUAGUGGGUCAAUUUCCGUAACAACUAAGAGCGUUGAAGUGCGAGGCUCAACUUCUCUGCUGUUUUGGUGCACUGGCUACCAUGCUGUGAACAGCGUGAAGUGAACACGUGCACAUACAGAUACAGUGUGUGACUGUGUGAGAGCGAAGUGUUGCAUCUCGCUCAUCUCAAUAUCCUAGCCUAUUUAUUCUUGCAAGCCAAGAAAUUGCGAGAUACAGCAUUCCGUUGCGAGAUACAGCUUUUGAUUGCCAAUAGAUAGGCCUAGUGCACGGUUCUGACUCUAUGUGCCUGGUGGCCGACCUGCCUAUACUCUGCCCCUCCCCUCUCUCUCCAUCCCUCGCUAUCUCGCUAUGAAAGAUGCAAGUGUUUGUGUUCUCGGAAGUACGGCAACUAAUCAGUCUCCUUGCGGAAUCUAAUGUUGACACUCAGAAAUGGGAGUCGACACCGGGAGUCGCAGGGCAAGGAGGAAUCAAUUAUUUUUGAGUCGACUCUCCACCACUACGUCAUUGUCGUUAACAGUUGGAGAAAAGGCAGAGAAAGGCAAGCGACAGCAGCGAAGUCCUGUAUGGCAAUACUUUGAGAAGUUAAAUGAGCAGGAAAUGCUAACUUUGCGAGGUGGAAUUAAAGUAUAGUAAUGGUGCAAUGCUGGCAGCAGCGCAGCUGCAUUGUGAUUAUUAUUAUUAAUUUUUUUACCCCUUUAUCUCCCCAAUUUCAUGAUAUCCAAUUGGUAGUUACAGUCUUGUCCGAUCGCUGCAACUCCCAUACGGACUCGGGAAAGAAAAAGGUUGAGAGCAAUGCAUCCUCCGAAACACGACCCCGCCAAGCCGCACUGCUUCUUGACACACUGCUCGCUUAACCCGGAAGCCAGCCGCACCAAUGUGUAGGAGGAAACACUGUACAACUGGCGACCGAAGUCAGCGUGCAUGCGCCCAGCCCACCACAAGGAGUCGCUAGAGCGUGAUUGGACAAGGACAUCACGGCCAGCCAAACCCUCCCCUAACCCGAGCAACGCUGGGCCAAUUGUGCGCCGCCUCAUGGGUCUCCCGGUUGCAGCCGGCUGCGACACAGCCUGGGAUCGAACCCGGGUCUGUAGUGACGGCUCUAGCACUGCGAUGCAGUGCCUUAGACCGCUGCGCCACUCGGGAGGCCCGAAUUCACGUGGAAUUGUAUACAUUUUUCUUGUGUGUAUGUGUGUAAAAAGAUGGCCGUUUAAACAUUAAGACAAUUGUUCCAUUUGUCACAUCUCUAGUAUUGUGAUAAAAUCAUACUAAGUAGUGGAAGUACCUGUAUGGUUCUUCUAUUACCACUACCACUGUAGAAUGAGAGAGUACCCAGUGUGCUUCAACCUGUUGUACUGUUGCUAUGAAGUAUAAUCAUUAUAUUUACCAUCCUUUCAUGUCUCUUCAGAUAGCAUUGAGGACUACAUUCAGACCACCACAUCCAACGUGGAGUCAGCCAAUCAGGAGCUAGCAAAGGCCAGCCAUCACCAGGUGCAGUAG